UGGGGAGGCUGGUGCUCUCGGGCUGGGCGGGAAGCCUGGCUGAGGCUCCUCCCCGCGCCGCCGCACGUGAUUUCCCGGAAAGGGCGGCGCGCUGGGGCUCAGAACGCGGCCUGGUGUGGGGUCGCUGUGCUCUGCGGGCGACGCUGGGAAUCAUGGAAGCUGGUAAAGAUCACCCAUUACAAGCUUUUGAGAAACUUUGGGCAGAGCACUUUAUGAAAGAUGAAAAAAAUGAGGGUUUAAUUGAUAAAAUUGAAAAGGAAAAUAUUCAGCUAAAGGAGGAGAUCCAGGAGCUUGAAGUUAAGUUACAAGAGGCUACCAGAGGCUUCCAGAUUAAAGAAGAUAUUCCUGAAACAAAGAUGAAAUUCACUUCUGUACAGAAUCCUGAGAAUGAUAGCCAGUUUUUAAAUAUCUCUUAUUCAUUUCAAGUGAGCUCUCAAAUUCCUUAUGAACUACAAAAAGGACAAGCCCUUAUCACCUUUGAAAAAGAAGAAGUUGCCCAAAAUGUGAUAAGAAUGAGGAAACAUCAUGUGCAGAUAGAGGAUGAAGCUGUGGAGAUUAUGGCCAAGCCAGUUCCGUUAAAUUCCGGAGUCAGAUUCCAGGUUCAUCUAGAAGUUUCUAAAAUGAAGGUCAGAGUUAAUGAAAUUCCUGACAUACUACCUGAAGAUCAGAUGAGAGACAAGCUAGAACUGAGCUUCUGUAAGUCCCGAAAUGGAGGUGGUGAGGUGGAAAGCGUGGAGUAUGAUAAACCGGCCCGGAGUGCUGUCAUCACAUUUGUGGAGCUUGGAGUUGCUGACCAGAUUUUGAAAAAGAAAGAAUAUCCUCUUUAUACAAAUCAAAACUGCUAUACAGUUACUGUUUCUCCAUACAUGGAAACACACUUGGAAAAAUUUCAGGUAUUUGCAGGAAUAUCUCAGAGGACUGUACUUCUGACUGGAUUUAAGGACAUUCAGGUGGAUGAAGAAACUUUAGAGGAUUUAGUUAUCAUCCACUUCCAACGGGUGAAGAAUGGAGGUGGGGAAGUAGAGGUGGUCAAGUGUUCUUUAAGUCAGCCCAAAAUAGCAUAUUUUGAAGAAUAGACUGAUGGAAUCAUGUAAAAAUUAUAUCUUCUGAACCCAAAUCACUGUAAAUGUUUAGCAAAAAUAGAUAUCCUUUUUCUUAAAAAGAGAGAAACCUUAA